AUGAGUAAUGAUGCAGAUAAAAAAGUGGAGGCAGACGCCGACGGAGAUGACGAUGAUGAAGAUCUGGAAAAGUUGCAAGCUGAGAUAAAGCGGAUGGAAGAAGAAGCUGCGCGGAUAACCAAGGAAACCGAGGAGCUGGAAAAGAAAAAGGGGGACUCAAAAGCAACUACCGACACAGCAAAAGCCUCUGCGCCGGCAGAUGCCCCCAGUCAAGAUGGACACUCGAUCUAUGUCGGUCAAGUUGACUAUUCGGCUACGCCGGAACAGCUCUUGUCUCAUUUCGAAGCUUGUGGCACUGUGGAGCGCGUCACAAUUGUUUGCGACAAAUUUUCGGGCAGACCAAAAGGUUUCGCAUAUCUCGAAUUCUCGACCGAUGCUGCGGUUCAAAACGCUUGCAAGCUUGAUGGGUCAGAAUUUCUUGGCCGCACGCUGAAGGUACACCCCAAGCGAGUGAAUGUUGCUGGGUUCAACCAACAGCCUGAUGCUGGCGGCAGAGGCAGAGGCGGACGUGGCGGAUUUCGGGGUGGACGCGGUUAUCGCGGUGGUUUCAGAGGUCGUGGAUACCGUGGUAGGGGACGGGGUGGAUAUCAUCCCUAUUAUUAA